UAAUGGCACUGAGGAAAGGCUUCGUUUGGAUUUAGGUUUUCCUUUUCAGCAUUACACAACGCAGAAACUUGCCGAAAGUCAGCAUCGAUCAUGUCAUUUCAUGUAAUCCAGCUGUACUGAAACAUAGAGAAAUGUUGUUAUGAUGAGAGAUAUGAUGGACGUAAUGACUUAUGUGCUUUUAAAAUCCAGUACAGUAACAUAACAGCUUUAUAACCAACAGAAUGGCAGUGUCGGCUAUUAUUUAGUAUCUUCAGCAGAAGGUGAUGUAUGAAAGAAACAUUGAGAUCAACUUUUGUAUUUUCACCACAUGGAGAGAAGAUCAUUCUUAAGAAGAAAAUAAGUUGCUGUUUAAUGUUGGAUGGAAGAAUUGCAGAGAGAUGUUUUCAGAGAGUUAUUUGAGAACUGCAAUUUGUGAUUUCAUUUCACAAUAUCUUGGUGGCUCUCUAGAAAGAAUUAUUGUACAGUGGCAUUGUACUUCAGUAUGUAUGCUGCUUAGCAAGGAAACAUUACAUGAAAUUGGAAGUUUCUUUUACAGCUUGUGAGAUAUAAGCAUUUUGCCAUAGGAAGCCCAGCAGACAACUUUCACAAAGACUGAACAAAAUACCUAUGUUUUUAGUAAUGUGGAAGGUAUGUACGUAGGGCUUUCUUUGAAAUGUGUAUUAGUGGCUGUGCCAUUAAUAGUUUCUGGGGAAGUUUGGAGGCAAUUACUCGACCGUUCUAGCAUUUGUAGAAUAUUUCUAUUAAAUACGCCCACAACACGAAGAAUAACUAUCAGCAUCAAGAUUGGAGGCACUGUAUUUAUAGUCUACAGUUUAUUUUAUGUGUUUUACAUAACUGGCAGUCAUACAACUGCAUAAUUUUAUUUUGUUGUUUGACUCACUCUGAAGUUCUAAAAGCUUGUUUUCAUUCAGUAUUCAUUUUAUGAAAGUUAAUUCUUCCCCUGUUAUCUGUAGGAAAAUGCAGGAGUUGAAAGGUGAAACUUACGACAAAGUUUUGGAGAAGAGUCUUGGUUUCUACAAUCCUAACAACAUGAACUACUUGGCUACCCAGAUGGGAUUGGGGAACAACAAUUUCUCAUACAUGAUGGGUCUGAGAGGAAGAUUCCCAGAGCAGGAAUAUGCGCUGGAGCUUCGUCAGGUUCAGGCCAGUAAGUGGGCCUUCAGGAGUGUUGCAGAAGGCAUUGAGCACUUCAAGUCAGGAAGGCAUUCUGAAGCUUUUCAGUGCUUGAAUAAGGCAUUGAACAUAGAUCCUCGCAAUGUCGAAGGCCUAGUGGCACGUGGAGCGUUAUACGCAAAUAGUGGUAGUUUUCAGAAGGCUAUUGAAGAUUUUGAGAGUGCACUAAAACUGAACCCAAACCAUCAGAAUGCCCGCAAGUACAUGGGAGAGACUCUUGUUGCUUUGGGAAGAAGCUUUGAGGAUGAAAACAAAUUUGAGGAAGCUUUGAAGUCAUAUGAAAACUGCCUGUCUCUUAUUCCCUUCCAUGAAGAAGCCCAGAACUCAAUUGAAUUCCUCAAAACGAAGAUACUGAACAGCAGCAAACUAUCGGAUUCAGAAGUAACAAUUCCCGGUUUAACAUCGUCUAAGACUUUGGAAGUGAAAGAGACGUUGAAACAGUUACUUAAAGGGGAAGAGGAGGAUGAGAAGAAAGAAAAAGACAAGGAAAGAUCAAAAUCUAAGAAGAAGAAAGAUAGAAAGUCCCGGAAACGUCGUAGGCAUUCCACCUCCAGUAGCAGCAGUUCAAGUUCACCAAGUUCGCGCAGUUCAUCAUCAUCAUCGUCGUCGUCAUCAGAUUCCAGUUCUGGUUCCUCUAGAUCAGGUUCCCAGUCUCGGUCUCGUUCUCCAUCAAGGUCUCGAAAGUCAUCCAAGAAACGAAGGAAGAGCUCUCGAAAGAAGGAUGAUAAGAGGGAGAAGUCAUUAUCACCGCUAAGCAAGAGAAUGGCUCUCAUGGACCCAACACAUGAUGGAGAUGGUCUUACUGGUUUGUUAGCACAAAGACUGUCGCACUACAAUCCACCAGCACUCCCAUUUGCUUUUGCACGAAGUGCUGCAGCUUUUCAGACAGCUCCUGAUGCAGUGCCCAAAGUAUAUGAUAAGGAUUUGGAGUAUGAGCAGAGGGUAUGCAGAUUCUUGGAGCAGACAAAGGGUGAUUCAGAAUAUGAAGAGAAGGUCCGGAAAUUCUUGGAAGAGACUGCCAGAUGGAAAAAGGAGAGGAAGGCACUAGAGGAGAAAUCAAAAAAGAAAAAGAAGAAGGAUAAAAAAUCUCGUGAGAAGGAAAAGAGUAAGAAGAAGAAGAGGGACCGUGAUCGUGAAGAUCAUGAUAAAAAGAAGAAACAUAGAAGUAACAAGAGAAGUGAGAAGUUUGAUACGAAGGCCUUUGAGGAACAAAUGGAGUCUAAGAAAUUCCGUGAUGCACUGAGGAAGGAACUUAGUGCUAAAGACGAUUUGAGGAAGCGUAAGAGCAUAGAUGAUGAAGAGGAAUUCUUGUACGGAUCAGGCGAAGAUAAAAAGGACCUUCGCUUGCUGGGAUUGGAUAACCUUCCAGAUUUGGAAGACUUGGAGUCCAAACUGAAUGCAUACUAUGCAAAAGUUGAGAAGGACACUGGACUGUCAAAGGGCAGGGCUGAUGAAAAAACAGAAAAGGAGAAAAAGAGGCAUUCAGUAAGUCCAGGGAAAGGGAAACAUGUAUCUCCUAAAGUCAUGUUUGUUCACCAUGAUGAUCCAAAAGUGGAAGAGAAUCUCCGAAUCAGGGAAAAGAAAAAGAUGGAUAUUUUUGCUGAAUCUCCAUCACCACCUAGGGACAACAAAGGUAAAUUAACAGAGUCGGAAGCUGCAACAGUUAUGGCUGCCAAGUGGAAAAUGCAGAUUGGGUCUGUUCCAUCAAGACUUAAGAAAAAGGAUAAGACACAGAUGGACAAGGAGCCAUGGGAAGAGGUAGAAGAGAAGAGAUUCAUAUUUAUUAAAGAUGAUGCUGACAAAGCUGGUAGUGAAGAAGAAGGUGAGAGAAAGAAGAAACCAGUAGCAGAUGAGAAGUUUCAAGUGAAAAAGGGGGCAGUGAGGGAUUUGCCUGAUAAGAUGAGUUCUGAGAAGGUGAAGAAUGAAGGUUCAGAUGAAGUGCGGGAUGAUACAGUCAGCAAGACUCAGCAGUUUAUGGAGAAGUACCAGGGAGGUUUCCGUAUCAAUCCACGUGUGCUGGAUAAAAAAACAGAUGAUUUACCUCCUCUUCCUCCAGGUGUCCCUCCAAAGACUGCCUAUUCAUCUGUAGGCAGAGGUAAGCCUGCAGCUGUUGCACCUGCUGCAUCUUCUCAGCCGAAGGGCCCCAGAACUGACAGUGAGAGUGAUACUUCAGAUUCAGAAAAGAAGAAGAAGAAGAAACAACAGCAGCAGCAACAACAACAACAGCAGCAGCAACAACAACAAACACAGCAGCCUCAGCCUCGUGCUGGAGAAGUUUCAUCAGGCGAGUCAUCACAUAGUCGUUCCAGGUCCCGUGAGAAAUACAGUCGUGCAUCAAGUAACAGCAGCUCACGUUCACGUUCAUACAGAAAGAAUCGGAGCAGAUCAAAAUCUGGCUCUUAUGAACGUCGACGAUCCAGGUCAGGAUCAUAUGGCCGGUAUGGCAGUCGUUCAAGAUCACGUUCAUAUCCUCGAUAUCGGAGCUCUGGAUCACGUUCGCGAUCUCGUUCAUAUCGCAGUCGUAGUCGAUCUUAUGACAGGUAUUCACGUAGUCGCUCUCGUUCAGAGGAUGGUCAUUACCACCGUCGUAGUAGAAGUCAGUCUGAUGACAGGCGAAGGAAGCAUGAUUAUCACAUGAACAGAUAUCACCAGGGGCGUUACCCACGAAAUCGUGGUACUUACUAUCGCCCUCGAUUCCAGAACUAUAAAAACCCACGUGGCAACUUUACGUCGCGUGGAGGUAGAAAUUUCCAUCAGAAGUUUCCUCAAGGAAGGGGCAGGCCGUUUGUUCAUCGUGGUCGAGGACGAGGUAGGGGGCGCUUCUUCCAUUACAAACCUGGGUCUGGUUAUAAGGAUUACCACAGUCGUCGUUACGAUGGAAGGCCUCGAUCCAGGGAUAGUGAUGAUCGACGGAGUUACAGUCGUGAAGAUGAUGAUCCAAUGAAAAAAGUUGAUGCAGUUAAGGAGAAAAUUAACAAGUACAUUGCUGAAGAAAAUAAGAAAGAGGAAUCUAGCUCAGUUCCAAGUAAGUCUAGAGAUGAACCACUAAGUGAAGGGGAAGCAGUUGAUGAUGAUGAUUAUGGGCUACCCCCAUUGCCUCCUGGUGGUCCACCCUCUAGAGAAUCAAGCUCAAACUAUGUAGAUCGGAAGAUGUAUGAAGGUAAAUGGGCAGAAAAGGAAUCAGAUGAUAAAAGUGGGCAUAAAGUUCCAGAGGGUCCCAGGCUUCCUCCUGAGAACAGCAUUGAAGAAAUGGAUAAAUUUUUGAACAAGGUGAAAGCACAAAAGAAAGAGGAAAUGAAAGAACGAAACAAGUCAUUUAUUAAAUCCCAUGCUUGGUAGACUUAGUAUAAUUGCAGGGAUCUUCUGCUGCAUCAUCAGACAUUAAUCCAGUAUCGUUGCAUCAUAUUUUGUAUGGUAGUUUGUUCAAACAAUGAAUAAAUUCUGAUUCUAAAUGUGUACUGGGAACAGAGUGUUUUAUGUUAAUAAUAGUAACAUUUUAUGGCUUAUUUUGUAGUGAUAUACAUUACAUAAUCUGCCAUUUAGUUUUAUAAAUUAACUUGUUAGCCUUUGUGUUCAUGUCACCAAUGAAAGUUGCUGGUUUGUGUCAACAUAUAUAUUCAGAUUCAUUGUAUGUUUGCUUUUCUGUGUCAUAAAUUAUAAUCACUCUUUUAUGGACACAGUCAUGUUGAUUACUUCACUCAACAAAGUAAACUGUAAAAAGACAAAAUAAAGUAUUUAGUAAAAUUCA